UGAAGUAGAGUUGGAACAACUGAAGGAAAAGAAUUUGUUUCUAAAGCGGAAAGUAUUUUAACCUUGAUUUUUCUAACAAGGCAAAUCUCGAGAAAUUGGCGCAUCUGUUUUCUCUCCCUCCUCCCUAGAGGUGGUUGGAAAUUGAAAUGGAAAUCGAAACCCAAAAUCUGUGACUGUCCCGUCGCCGGAAUCCUCAGCCAUGGAGUCGAGCGUACUGGAUACGAUCGGCGUCGAGAUCAUCGGCGUCAUGUCUCCGGUCUCAAUCUGUAUGCUUCUCGUCGUCUUGUUGGUGUAUUCCCUCUCCUCCGCCGACCCUCUCGCCUCCGCCCCAAUUCGCACCGCCGCCAAUCUCGUCUACCUCGAGACCCCCUCCGAUUCCGCCACCCAGAAGCUCGAAGGUGCCCUUCUCAAUGCCCUGGUCUUCGUCAUCCUCAUCGCCGUCGUCACCUUCCUUCUCGUUCUCCUUUAUUACUACAACUUUACCAAUUUCUUGAAGAAUUACAUGCGAUUCUCUGCGUUUUUCGUGCUUGCUUCCAUGGGCGGGUCCAUCUUCUUGUCUAUUAUCCAGCAAUUUUCUAUUCCUGUUGAUUCCAUUACUUGUUUGAUCUUACUCCUCAACUUUACGGUGGUGGGAGUGCUGGCCGUGUUCUCGGGAGGAAUUCCGAUCAUCUUGAGGCAAUCUUAUAUGGUGUUUUUGGGGAUUAUUGUGGCUGCUUGGUUCACGAAGCUGCCUGAGUGGACUACUUGGAGUUUGCUUGUAGCAUUGGCUCUUUAUGAUUUGGUGGCUGUUUUAGCACCUGGUGGACCUCUUAAGCUGUUGGUGGAGUUGGCCUCGAGCCGGGACGAAGAACUUCCAGCUCUCGUUUAUGAGGCUCGGCCUACGGUGUCGAGGGGUCAGGAGAAUCGGGGGGCCUUGGGACUUUUGGUUGCUGGGGUCUCUGAUUCUGGAUCAAUAGAGCUUCAGGAAACUCCACAUAACAAUGUGAACCGUAAUGAAACUGAAAACCUUCCUAUUUCUGAUCACCCUGCUGCUGACAUUCAGAAUCUUCAGAACGAAGGAGUCCAAAGAAAUGGAGAUGAAGGGGAGAGGUCGCCUUUGGUAGGUUACAUGCGAGAAAGAGACUCGUCAAGUAGUGAAUCAUCUGGAUAUUCAACCGGAGUUCUUCAUCCAGAAACGGGACGGCGCUUUGGCAGCAGAGAAACUGAAAUCUAUAUAGAUGAUGAAGUUUCUCCUCUUGUUGAAAUGCCUCGUUUACAAAACCAGUUAGAAAGGGCAAGGGCUGCCGCUACCGAGAUUACGAGUAGAGGUAUUAGGCUUGGUCUUGGGGACUUUGUGUUCUACAGUGUCCUCGUGGGUAGAGCUGCAAUGUAUGAUCUUAUGACAGUCUAUGCUUGUUACCUUGCAAUCAUCUCGGGACUUGGAUGCACACUCAUUUUAUUAUCGGUUUGUCAUCGAGCUCUGCCUGCACUUCCCAUAUCUAUUGCUUUGGGUGUCAUGUUUUACUUUUUGACUCGGUUAGUUAUGGAACCUUUCGUUGUAGGGACUGCCACCAAUUUAAUGAUGUUCUGAUCCUUCAUUUUUUUGCCAAGAGUUUAAAUCCAUUUUAGAGAGGUGAUAUCUUCAUAGGCAAUGGAUUUAACGACAGUGCAAAUGCAUAUAAUUCAUAUAGAGUUCCUUUUCUCCAUCUGUAAGUGUUUAGAUGGUAGAUUUUAAGCUGAGCAAUGCUUACAUCACCAUAUCUAAACUGUGUAGAGAAACUAUCAUAUGUCAUCCUAGUGAUCUUUUAAGUUCUCAAUGAUAUUUUACCUACUCUUUCUUUGGUA